UAUAUUUAUACUUGAUUUGUUUGUAAGAUUAAUUCGCGAAUACUGUCUGCGCGAAAUACGAGCUUAUAAAUUGGUAGGGCAAUAUUUACUCUAAUUGUCAUGUUUGUUUACAUCGUCCGCCGUCUUUGUUUUUAGUUUAUAAGAAUUUAUUUAUCUUGCCGUCGUAAUUCGUAAACAAGAAGGUAAAUAUAAUAUAAUAUUUAUCUGUCGUGGCAAGGUUGUCCUAGAAACCGUUAGUGUAAAAUGCAAAAUCGUUUGCAUCUGCUGCUCUGUUGUCUUUAAAAGAUUAAGUUUAUUAGUUGUAAGCAUGUUCUGGUGGUGGCUACAGUACACCAUAUACGACACGCAAGCGUACGCGACAUAGGUAAUAAUACGAAUAAUGUAUGAUGUAGAUGAGCCAGACGAGCGAGAAGAGUUAUUCUACAACAAUGUCAGAGAAAAAAUAAUUUUUCUUCUAUUAUUUGUCUUGUUGUUGACGCUAAGUUACGUUAUUGUAAAUCAAUAUAGAAAGCGAGACAAUAUUGUUGUUUCUAUUAGAGAUGAAGACGAUUUCACUGUAUACAAGUAUAGCCUACUACUCUGCACCAUAUCAUUGGCUGUUUCUGUUGGUGCGGCACUGCUACUACCUAUAUCCAUAGCCAGUAAUGAAGUAUUGUCUUUGUACCCAUCAAGCUAUUAUGUCCAGUGGCUUAACCAUUCACUUAUACAUGGCUUAUGGAGUCUAGUAUUUCUAUUUUCCAAUCUUUCACUUUUCAUUUUUUUACCAUUUGCAUUUUUGUUCAAUGAGUCUGAAGGUUUUCCAGGUCAUCGAAAAGGGUUAAAAGCUAGAGUGUAUGAAACAUGUACUGUAAUGUUGUUGCUUGCAAUAUUUGUGCUUGUGUUAACAUAUUUGCUUUAUACCAUUUUCUAUGCGGAACAAUCCAUAUUUUAUAUGUUAUUUAAUUUAUGGAACAAUUAUUUGCCCUUCUUAUAUUCUUGCAUAUCAUUUAUUGGUGUUCUGAUGCUAUUAAUAUGUACGCCUGUAGGAUUUGCCACCUUAUUUACAAUUUUGAGUAGAUUUAUAAUAAAGCCUCAGUUACAAAAAACUACUGAUGAAGAAAUUAGUAUAUUAAGACUUGAAGUAGAUUGUCUCACUAGAAGAUUGGAUCAAAUAACUCAAAAUGGUGAGACGUAUAUGUCUCCAGAACCUAUGUUGACAAAAAAAGAAAGAAUAAUGACCAUAACUGAAAGAGAUUUAUGGACGUUGAAAAAUGGAAAGCUAAAGAGUGGAGUAGUUGAUAGAUUAACAAACUUUCAGGAGCGACUUGACAUACUUGAAAAACAAAGAAAAACAUCUGUGUUUCGUAAGCUGUUUCUUUUUCCUACGUUUAUGCUUCUAUUGCUUAUUCUUACAGUUGUCACAGUUCUAUUAGUAGUUCAGAAUUUACUAUUGAUACUUGUUGGAAUUAGAGCUUUGCCUCUAAAUACUCGACAAUUUACUUUGGGUGUAAGUUCUCUUUCUAAAUUGGGACCUUUUGGAGCCGGACUAGAAAUUGUUAUUAUUCUUUAUAUGCUAGUGGCGUCAACGGUCGGUCUUUAUUCGUUACCUGUAGUAUCUAGAUACCGUCCACGAAUCAAACAAACUCCUCUGACACACAUAGUGGGAAAUUGCACUUUGUUGCUUAUAUUAAGUUCUGCGUUACCACUUUUGUCCAGAAUAUUGGGUAUUACAGAUUUUGAUUUAUUAGCCGAUUAUGGGAGAAUUGAGUGGCUCGGUAACUUUGCAAUUGUUGCAUUUUAUAAUGUGGUUUUUGCUACAGCGGCUACUCUAUGCUUGAUUAACAAAUUCACUUUAGCUGUACGCAAAGAACUAUUAUCAAGACUGAAAAGUUUUUGGCAAUGGAUGAUGGGCCGUGACUGCAGUAUUACACACAAUUCUAGUUUUUCAAUUGACAAUUCACCGACAAUUAACAAAAAAAUUAGUUAAUUUGUUUACACCCAUUUCAUGUUUAGUGAAUAUAUUUUUACUGUUAUCGUUUAUUAUUAUUUUUACUUAUUUAUUUUUAGUUUAAAUCAAAACUAGUAUGUUUUUGAAGUGUUUAUUUAUGUAGCAAAAAAAAAACUAUGCACACGUCAAAACAAUCCUAUUUAUUUCAUUAGAUAUAUUUUUAAUACUGACUGAUGCAAAUGGGUAGAGUGUACCUAUAGCAAAUUAAAUAGACUAAUGUUUGCAUUUUUAAUUUCAGUUAAUUUUAAGAUCACUGAAAUAUAUAGCAAUGUUAAGUUUUCAGAAGUAUUAUUAUUAUAAAUAACUUGAUAUAGCCAGUGUUCGAAAUUAAUUAAAUUAUUAAACCAUCAGUGAAUAUUAAAUAAACAAAUUAUUUUUAUUACGUAAACUUUUAUUUACUAUAAAAAAUAUUUGUUUUUUUGUUUUUAAUUUACAACUACAUUGUAUAUUCAUGAACAUCAAAAUCAUUAUUAUCUAUGCCUACCGUUUUGUUUAUAAUAUAAU